GUAUCACAUCAAAGUCAUCUGCAAGUUAUCCACAGAACCCGGCAAGACGAGGCGUGCUUUGCCUCAUUGCCUGGAAGCAAAUUCCUCUCGGUGGUUCCCUUGUUGAUCCAAUAGUCAAUGGAGAAGUCCAAAUGGGUCAAUUCAUGUGCAAAUAUAGAGCCAUUGGAAGGAAAUGUGAAGGCGGAGGAGAUGAUGGCGGCAGGGCCCCCGGCAGAUGGGUCAAUUCGUGGUGCGAUGGCGGCAGGGUUCGGCAGCUCGAGCGUCUAGCAGGGCAGGGAGAGGAGAUCGGAGCUGCCGGUUCUGCUGUAGCUCCAAUCGAGUACACUUUUUGGGCUUUGAUGUGUCACAUAUGGGCUUACUCUCCUCGCUCACUUCCCCAACAAACGCGUAUUAAGCCCAUCAUCAUCGCAGUAAAGCCCAAUCAGCUGCUCCUGACUUCCUGAGGGACGGCGCCGCAUUGUCAGAAUCCUCGUCGCCGCGGAAAAUGCUCCGCCGCGCCCGCCACUUCCUCCCUGCCAAAUCCCGCCGCCGCCGCCAACCCCAACCCAAAGCCCCCGCCGAUACCCCCACCCCGACCUACACCCGCGACAUCGUCCGCCGCGUCAACACCAUACUCCGCGACCACCCCUGGUCGGAGGCGCGGCCGCUCCUCCUCUCCCUCCCGGGCCUCAUCUGGGACUCCCACACCGUCGCCCGCGUCCUCAAAACCCACCCGCCGCUCCAAAAGGCCUUCUUGUUCUUCCGCCUCGCCUCCUCCCCGGCCGCCAACCCCAGGGCCACCUUCCGGCAUGACCGCUACACCUACACCUCCAUGCUCCACCUCCUCGGCGAGGCCGGCCGUGUUCCCGCCAUGCUCCGCCUCCUCGCCGAGAUGCUCCGAGCCAGGGUGGACCCGGACGCCGCCACGUUCACGACGGUCAUGCACUGGCUGGCGCGCGCCGGGGACGUUGACGCCGCGAUGCGGGUGUGGGAGGAGAUGCGCUCUCGGAGGGGGCGGUGCCGCCCCACGCUCGUCAGCUACACGGCGUGCGUGAAAAUCCUGUUCGACGCCGGGAGGGCGGCCGAGGGCAGGAGGGUUUUCGAGGAGAUGGUGGCCGAGGGGCUGCGGCCCAGCUGCACGACGUACACGGUUCUCAUCGAGCAUCUUGCCGACGCAGGAAAAUUCAAGGCUACUCUAGAAAUUAUGAGUAACAUGCGAGAUGCUGGCGUAGAACCAGACAAACCACUCUGCAAUAUUCUAGUCCAAAAGUGUUCCAGGGCUCGCGAGAUAUCAGUAUUGACCUUAAUCCUUCAGUACAUGAAACAGAAACUCAUUGUUCUUCGUAGACCUAUUUUUUUGGAAGCACUGGAAGCUCUAAGAGCUAGUGGUGAGAGUGAUAGUCUUCUUCGGGAAGUGAAUCCUCAUCUUGCAUUCGAAGGCAUUGAAUAUGAUCCAACAUUUUCUCAUCUAGGCUACAUUACUGACAGAAGUGUGAUUAUAUACUUUUUGGCUGCUAAAAACUGGUCUGCUAUCGAGCACAUGAUAAACGAGUUGAACACAAGAAAUGUGAAGUUUGAAUCGCAAAUCCUAUCUGAUAUUAUUCAGGCCAGCUGCGCAAAUUGCAGACCAUCAUGUGGACUCACAGUUCUGUAUUAUAGUCUAAAAGUAGGCACUGAACUUGACAGAUCUGCAUAUAGUUGCCUCCUUGGUCAAUACAUCAGAAACGAUUCGUUCGAUUUAGUGUUCAAGAUUGUUGAAGGAUUGAUUAAAUCUGGCUGUGAUCUUGGAUCAUAUCUGUUGUCUGUCUUAAUACUCAGAUUAGGUUGUGCUGGGCAUUCUUCAUACGCGACAAAUAUUUUUAGGUUAUCAUCUGCAGAUCAGAAUGUGAUUACGUACACUGCACUUAUGAGUGCCUAUUUUCAAGUCGGUGAAGUUGAUAAGGCUCUUGAACUAUUCUCACAAAUGAUAACUAAUGGAAUAUCUGCUUGUGCGGGUACAUAUGAAGUACUGAUAUAUAGCUUACAAAUGGCUGGACGGAAACGUGACUCUGAACAUUACCGAAGAGAAAGAAUGGAGAUGCAAUGGAAGCAUCAGUAUUGUGAUGAGCAUUCCCUUGAAGAUAGCUUAUGUAACCAUCUUUUUUGUGGCUUUCAUGGUUAGAAGAUGGUUUAUUCGGUGAUAUUCUAUAUCAUGGUUUUCACUAGCUCAAUCCAUCCAGCUUCAUGUUUUAUCCCAGACUAAAGGAUUGCGUGUGUCUAAUCUGGUGUUCUUUGGCCUAUGUUGUCUUUCGGUGCAUCAUUUAGCAAUCUGCUCUUGGCCUCUUGCAUUCCAGGGUGACUGAUUAUGCCUUGCCGAGCCUAUCAGCGAGCUAUGUUCAAAGAUUUGCUUCAAUUUGCCGGUUCCUGAUUUGCUGUUGUUGAGCUUAGUGGUAUUACACAUGUGGUUAAUUAUGAAUAAACUAUUCAGGUGCAAGAUCAAUAUUAACAGCAUAGCUCCUGACAAAAGCUGGUGGUAUUUUUCAUGCGAUGGGUGUUCACAUGGAAGUCUGUCCCGAAUGGCACUAUUUUGUAAAUGUACUGAAGGUUGCCACAACAAGACUGCUGGUCUAAUAUAUAAAGUGCCGAUUAUAAAUUAUUGGAGCCGUUGAGAUGGUCUUCUUUUCUGGAACUGAAUAUCUUAUUGGAAAACCAGCUGUUGUCGUCUGUGAAUUGUUCACCUUGGAGGAAUAUGGUGGCAGAUGUUACUGUGUGUCACGGAUAAUAGGCCAGGCUUCUCUAGAAAAGCUUUUAGUUUCUGUACCCAUAGAAACUGCGGUGAGGACAAUCCCAUGAGGAACUGUAUUCCAGCUCUUUUCGGUUGUAGUCUUUAAGCUUAUUGUCUGUUUAUAAAAUGUCUGUAAUACCCGUAGAUUGAAAUUCUAGCUGAAGUGGGUAUUGUUUGCUACUCACUUGUCGAAGAUAGAUUCUCCUC